UGUUGUUACUGUUUGUUUUCUUUCUUUUGAUCUCUGUCUCCCCCCCCCCUCCCAGUUAUCAGUCAGGUUAAUGACCUCCUGUACUUGUCUUUCAGAAUUCAGUCCUCUCUUAUAGAGAAGUGCCUUACGAUAAAAACUCAACAUGUUUUGGGUCUUCAGGACCUUUCUUUGUCUACUUCUUGUGCACUGUGUCACUCCUGACAUCUUCCUCCACACCAAGGAUGCCAACCAGGUCCUCACACGCCCCAGGCGAGCCAACACCAUAUUUGAGGAAUUUAAACAAGGCGACGUGGAGCGUGAGUGCAGGGAAGAGCGGUGCGAUCGCGAGGAAGCCCGAGAGAUCUUUGAGGAUAACAAAAAGACGGAUGAGUUCUGGAACGUAUACUUUGAUGGAGAUUCGUGCAUAUCUCAGCCUUGUCAAAACAAAGGUGUGUGUAAAGAUGGAAUUGGACGAUAUACCUGUUACUGCCCUGAACUGGUUCAGGGACACAACUGUGAGAUUGUAAUACCACAGCUGUGUGAGGAUAAAAACGGCGGUUGUGAGCACUUCUGCAAAGUGGACAAGAGUAGGGGGACAGCAGUCUGCUCUUGUGCCAAAGGUUACAACCUCGUAGAUGACGGAAAGUCUUGUACAUCUUACGAUCCCUUCAAAUGUGGCUAUGUGUUUCCGAAACCAACCCGAAGCAUUUUACAGCAUCGUCCAACGGGAAACAUCACUAAUACUGGCAAUGGCACUAGCCCUACCCUUGCGUCAGUGGGAAUACAGGAAACUGAAGGAAAUACAGUGAACAUCACUGCAGAAAAGGCUGCCACAAAUUCCACUCAGAGCCAUGCAGAUACCAACAGCUUGUUUGGACUGACGGAACCCGGUCCCACUGUCUUGGAGGACCCGGUGACUGGAGAAUCUCACGGACACAAAAGGAUCGUGGACGGCGAGGAUUGUCCUCCUGGAGAAUGUCCAUGGCAGGCGCUGCUUAUAAAUGAGGACCGAAUCGGCUUCUGUGGAGGAACCAUUCUAAAUGAAUAUUUCAUUUUGUCAGCAGCCCACUGCAUGAAAAUGUCUCGCUCCAUCACAGUUAUUCUAGGUGAAACAGAUACAUUGGUUAGAAGCGGGCAAGAAGUGGAACAUGCCGUCGAACAGGUACUGGUGCAUACGAAAUAUCAUUCCGACACCUUCCACAACGACAUUGCCCUCAUCAAGCUUGUGAAGCCCAUUACUUUCACCCGGUACAUCCUCCCAGCAUGCCUCCCCGAGCACGACUUUGCAGAGCGUGUGCUCAUGCAAGAAGACUACGGCAUGGUGAGUGGAUUUGGUCGUCUCUCUGAGGGUGGUCUCCAGUCCACUGUCCUGCAGAGACUCAACGUGCCCUAUGUAGACCGUUCCAUCUGUAAAGAGUCCACCGAGUUCAACAUCACCCUUCGCAUGUUCUGUGCCGGCUACGACAAGCUGGAAAAGGAUGCGUGUCAAGGUGACAGCGGUGGUCCUCAUGUCACCAAAUACAAAAAUACAUGGUUUGUGACAGGUGUGGUAAGCUGGGGUGAGGGCUGCGCUCGCAAAGGCAAGUAUGGCAUCUACACGCAGGUGUCCAAGUACCUCAAGUGGAUUAGGCUCGUCAUGGAAAACGUCUUGGCCGAGUCUAAAAACGCCAAGAAUUCCAGGAAAAAAAGGCAGGCACCCGGGCACGUGCCUGUGUUUCGGAUGUGAAUUAAGAUCAAUUAUGAUAAAUUAUAUGUAAGAGAGAUGCAAAAUGUAACAAAAACAGCAACUGGAACUAAAACCACAUUUGAAUAAAAGGUUCCAUAUAUCAGUCAACUCAUCAUGUUGCCGUUGUCAUUUGUCAACUCUGAGUUUUACAAGAA